UAGUUAGUGUCAAAUUUUGUUGUGACUUGCGAGCUCUUUUAAAUCUCACAAGUUUGUUUUGUUAUUUUUACAUGUAUUUUCACCUAUUUCUAAUUGUUUGAGAACGGUAAAUACAAAAAGAUAAUAUGACGGGACACGUUUCUAUCAAGUUAGCAUCUGAGAGAGUUAAUCAUAGUGUUGCGGCUAGCGAAACACCUCGAUUUUAUACUCCAGGAGAGGUUAUAUGUGGAUUACAGGAUUUCAUGAGAGGUCAUGGAACAUAUGUAGAAGACGAUUGUAUCAAAUCAUCAGUAGCGGGGGUGAUGCAAAAAGUAAAUAAAUUGAUAUGCGUACGACCGCUAAAAAGCAGAUAUGUUGGUGAAAUCGGCGAUGUUGUUGUCAGCAGAGUUUUGGAAGUACAACAAAAGAGGUGGAAAGUGGAUACAAAUUCGAGAUUAGAUUCUAUUCUUCAAUUAUCAUCUGUAAACUUGCCUGGUGGAGAAUUGCGCAGGAGGUCAGCUGAAGAUGAACAAAUGAUGAGGCAGCUCUUACAGGAAGGUGAUCUCAUUAGUGCAGAAGUGCAAAGUAUUUUCUCUGAUGGUUCACUCUCUCUGCACACUAGGAGUUUAAAAUAUGGAAAGCUAUCACAGGGUAUUUUAGUAAAAGUUUUUCCGUCAUUGAUAAGGAGGAGAAAAAACCAUUUCCAUAAUUUGCCAUGUGGAGUAUCACUCAUACUAGGAAACAAUGGUUAUAUUUGGAUUUACCCCACAAAAGAAGAGCCUAUUGCUUUUAAAGAGGUUGAAAAAGAUAAUAAUCCUGAGAUGGAGUUUCAGUCAAUAAGCAAAUCAGACCGACAAUCUAUUGCACGGAUAAAGAACUGUAUCUCAGCUCUCACUGCCUCUAAAAUGAUGCUGGAUGACACAAGUAUAAUAUUUGCCUAUGAAGAAAGCUUUAAAUAUGAUAAAAUUAAGGAUAUCUUAGAACCAGAGGCAAUGGUGGAUGUCGCGGUAUCAACACAGCACAGAUUGAAUGCUAUUUUAGAAGAAUAAAGUGUCCUCUUGUUUAUAA